CACACACAGAGGGAGAGCGAGCGUAAAGUGGGUCAUAGCGCUGGCAUCCUCUGCGCACUGGUGACUCCCUUUUCAUCCAAGGAUAUCCACCGAUGACUAGCUGACCAAAAAACACAAACAAACAAGCAAACAAGCAAACAAACAAACAACCGGACUGCAGCUCGGUGGAGGGAAUCCAAACUUGUCGCCAAAUAGCUGAAACGUCCAAAUGGCCAACUCUCGCCGCUCCGCGCGCUCUCACCCACUCUGCCAGUCAAAAGCUCUUGCUUAUUAACAAACCACUCUCAGCCCCCAGUCCACUGAGCAUGUGAGAAAUCGGCUUAUAGCUUCUUUUUUUUUUGCCUCUGUGUUGCGCGCAGAGGAAGGAGAGGAUGUGCGCACAGUGGCUGUGAUGGUUAGUGAAUCCACGCCGCAGAUCACAGCGGGAGACAGAGGCUGAGGAGCAGUUUGUUUCAUGAUGGAAAAAUUGACUAAUCAGGCAUGUUUUGAUGGCUUUUCAACUCGCUGCGACCGGGAGAUGAAACCGAUGUCCAAAACGCACGGAGGGAGCUGCUGAGAGCGACAACUCCGGUCCUCAAUGGCAGAACUUGAAGUUUGCAGAAAUCUCAGUUUGGAGAAGGUGGAGCGAUGCAUGAGUGUGAUGCAGUCCGGGACACAGAUGGUGAAGGUGAAGGCCGGAUCCAAAGGGCUGGUGAGACUUUUCUACCUGGAUGAGCAUCGCUCCUGCAUCCGCUGGAAGCCCUCACGCAAGAGCGAGAAGGCUAAGAUCACCAUUGACUCGCUGUACAAAGUGACAGAGGGCGGUCAGUCGGACAUCUUCCAUCGUCAUGCGGACAGCAGCUUCGACCCGGCCUGCUGCUUCACAGUGUACCAUGGAAACCACAUGGAGUCCCUCGACCUGGUCACAUCAAACGCAGAAGAGGCCAGAACCUGGAUAACUGGCCUCCGCUACCUGAUGGCUGGGAUCAGUGACGAGGACUCGCUGGCCAAGCGGCAGCGAGCACACGACCAGUGGCUGAAGCAGACGUUCGAGGAGGCCGAUAAGAAUGGAGACGGACUCCUGAACAUCGAAGAGAUCUACCAACUUCUCCACAAACUGAAUGUCAACCUGCCCCGCAGGAAGGUCAAACAAAUGUUUCAGGAAGCGGACACGGACGACCAGCAGGGCACGCUGACGUACGAGGAGUUCUCCGUCUUCUACAGGAUGAUGUCCCUGAGACGGGACCUGUUCCUGCUGAUGAUGGCGUACAGCGACAGGAAGGACCACCUGACAGCGGAGGAGCUCGCAAACUUCCUGCACAACGAGCAGAAGAUGGCCAAUGUGACUCCAGAAUAUGUUGCAGAAAUCGUUGACAAGUUUGAGGUGUCUGAUGAGAAUAAGCAACGAGGCGUCAUGGGGAUUGAAGGUUUCACGAAUUUCAUGCGCAGCCCAGCGUGUGACAUCUUCAACCCUUUGCACCACGAGGUGAAUCAAGACAUGGAGCAGCCCCUGUGCAACUACUUCAUCGCCUCGUCUCACAACACGUACCUGACCGGCGACCAGCUCCUCUCCCACUCCAAGACCGACAUGUACGCCUGGGUGCUGCAGUCCGGCUGCCGCUGUGUAGAAGUGGAUUGUUGGGAUGGACCUGAUGGAGAGCCGAUGGUCCAACAUGGCUACACUCUGACCUCCAAGAUACCGUUCAAGUUUGUCAUAGAGACCAUCAAUAAAUAUGCCUUCAUAAAUAACCAGUUUCCAGUAAUCCUGUCCAUAGAGAACCACUGCAGCAUCCAGCAGCAGAAGAAGAUCGCCCAGUACCUGCGAGAAAUCUUCGCAGACAAACUGGAUGUGGGAGAGGUCCUCAGCAGGGACUCCAAAACAUUACCCAGUCCUCAGAGCCUGCAGGGCAAGAUCCUCAUCAAAGGGAAACGUCUGCCCGCCUAUCUGUCUGCCGACGCCGAGGAGGGGGAGGUGUCCGAUGAUGACAGCGCUGAUGAAAUUGAGGAUGACUUCAAGCUCAGGAGCAGCAAUGGCAACGGUCAUCACCAGGUGGAGUCUCACAUCAGAAAGAAACUGGACUCUCUUCUGAAGGAGUCUCGGAUCGGCGACAAGGAAGACACCGACAGUUUCAGCAUACGCGCUCUGCUCCGGGCUACGCACCAGGGCCUUCAGAAAAACCUGCGACAGAACUCCAAAGGGGUUUUGAAGAAAUCCCAGAGCAGAUCCUUCAUCACGACGCUCAAACAGAAGAGGCAUUCCAAAUCCAGGCUGUCAUGCCAAAGCGUGGACAAGGAGGAGGACGGUCAGGAGAACUCUGCGAGGGAGGCCGGAGGGCAGUUCAACAGGGGUGGAAGGAAGAGGAAGACGAUGAAGCUGAGCAGAGAUCUGUCCAACCUGGUGGUGUUCACCAACUCUGUUGCAUCACAGGAGUGUCUGAAUGAAGGUACUCCAGGUGACGUCUUGUCAUUCAGCGAGACCAGAGCCCAAUCCCUGGUCAAUCACAGAGCCGAACAAUUCCUGGCUUUUAACCAGAGGCAACUGUCGCGGAUUUAUCCCUCGGCCUAUCGCAUCGACUCGUCCAAUUUCAAUCCCCAGUUUUACUGGAACGUGGGCUGUCAGCUGGUUGCUCUGAAUUACCAGACAGAGGGCAGGAUGAUGCAGCUCAACCGAGCCAAGUUCAUGGUGAAUGGAGGUAUUGGCUAUGUCCUCAAACCUCCUCCCAUGUGUAAAGGCUCCUUCAACCCAUUCAGUGAUGACCCGCUCCCAGCUUACCCUAAGAAGCAGCUCAUUCUCAAGAUCAUUAGUGGACAGCAGUUGCCCAAACCACCAGACUCCAUGCUGGGCGACCGUGGAGAGAUUAUUGAUCCAUUCGUCGAAGUGGAGAUUAUUGGUCUGCCAGUUGAUUGCUGCAAGGAACAGACACGAGUUGUUGAUGACAACGGUUUUAAUCCAGUAUGGGAAGAGACCUUGUCCUUUACACUUCACAUGGCUGAAGUGGUUUUGGUGCGUUUCCUUGUCUGGGACCAUGACCCCAUUGGACGAGAUUUUAUUGGUCAACGGACAGUCGCCUUCAGCAGCCUGAUGCCUGGUUACAGACAUGUUUACUUGGAGGGACUGACUGAGGCUUCCAUCUUUGUGCAUGUGUCAGUGCAUGAUGUCUAUGGGAAGUGGAGCCCUCUAGUCCUGAACCCCAGCUUUACCAUAAUGCACUUACUAGGAUCUAACAAGGGUAAUCAGCUGCGAGGUAUCCGAGGUUUGUUUAACCGUUCUUCCAAGUCCUCUGUGGAUACAAACUCUGGUGGCCUUCGGAAACGCUCCAUCAGUGAUCACCUCCUGCGGCGCACAGCCAGUGCCCCAGCAAAGGGACGGAAGAAGACCAAAAUGGCCCUUUCAGAGUCAGUGGCUUCAAUAUCCGACCAAAGGAAUGCCUCAGGAGCAGGAGCAGGAGGCGUAGGCAUGUCAGGAAAGGAAGCAGGGGUAGAGAAGCGUCUUCAGCCUCGAGCCCCCCUCACCCAUAGACCUAUCUCUAUGCCCCUAGACAGGCUUCUGCAAGGGCAGCUGUCCCUCUGCUCCACAGACAAGGAAAAGCAUGACAUGGGUGUAGACACUGUCAUUGAAGCUUGCCCCUUCAACAAGCCAAGGUCUUCCUCUUUGGACCCUUUCAUUGAGUCAUCAUUCUCUAUUGAACCAAACAUCUCCUCCCCUUCUAAGUCAUACAUCAACAGAAACAAAGAAUUUGACCAAUCAGAGGAGGCUUCUUAUCUGGUUAUUGGUUUAGGAGAAGUAAGAAAGGAAGAAUAUUAUGCCAAUUACCAGUCAGAAGAUAAUGUUGUCCACAAAUCGGAGAUCGAUUCCACAGGAACAGAGAAAAAUUGUUUGGUCUCUACAGCAAAGAGCCAGAUGAGAUCCAAUAAACCAGAAACAUCAUCAAACAGCACAACAUUCACAGUUGCACCUUCUAUCUCCUCGUCCUCUUCCUCGGCCCCCUCCUCCACGGCCCCUCUUUCCCCUAUCAGUAUGGACUGUGAUCUGAAGAGUCCCACCUCUUUGCAUGACAGCACCAUCUCCAGACUCAUUGAUGCUGUGUCCUUAGGCAAUGAGCAGGACACAUGUGGUUCUAUUUCUGCUCUGAUUGGUCAGUUUGAAAGCAUUGUUGACCAAAAUGAUCUCACAGUGUUAUCUCAUGAUCAGACCCCAUUCUGUCACUCAAACGUAAGGCCUACUGCUCAUAAAGUGCUCCAAGAUUUGAGGUCUCCUCUCAAGACCAGCAAUUCAUCUACUAACAACAGGCCUACCACUCCUAAAGUGCUGCAAGAUUCAAAGUCUCCUCUCAAGGCCAACACUGCAUCUAAUCUCAACAAGUAUCUAAUAAGUCCCCAAAAAGUAUCUCAGAAAACAAAUCAUACAAAACAAGACGCUCCUGUUCCAGCCGUCCUCUCUAGCCCCGAAACUGCUGAGCUUGAGGAAGUGUACACGAUUCUGGAUGAGGAGGUGUUAUCGCCUGUGUCUGUGUACAACCUGAAACAGACAGUCCAUGUUCGGGCAGAGAACAUACCCUCAAACAGCUUGGGGUCCUCCCCAGCAAAGGUGGGUCAAGGUUUCAGGAAAGGGCACAAUGUGAGCUGGGAUGAUAUGCACAGAAAAAAGGUUGGGACUGAAGAAAUUGAGGAGGCUGAGGAGAGUGUAUAUGAAGAAGUGUAUGAUCCCCCAGCACCAGUACCAGAGAUAGAACGGGAUACUGCUAAAAGGUACAUGGGCUCCUCUGUAAACAACGACUGUUUUCAGUUUUUCCAUGAGUCAGCUGGCAAUGCUUUUGCAGAAGUGGAGAUAAAUGUCGAUGAGGAUCCAUUGGAGAGGAUGCUGACCUCACCAAGGCAUAGCAGUCAACUGGAGGAGCUCAUAAGCCCAACAAAACGCCAUGCGAUUUACCAAAACCAUCAGUCUACUCCCAACUACUCCCAACAAAAACAGCCUUCAUCAUACUGUAAUCAUCAACAACAGUACCCAUUAGAUGCAUCUCACAGACCAUUUUCUCAGGCUUCCUCCCCAAUGAAUCAACCCUCUUAUCAGCUGCCUAAUCACCACCGACACCAGAACAACUCCCAGCAGUCUCUGUUCCACAGAACUGCCAACUCCCGACCCUCCAACCACAGUCCGCUGCGUCAGAACAUCUACCCUGUACCUAAGAACAAUUCUGAGGCCUUCAACAACAGCAGAGACUUCAGCAGUUCCUACACACAACAGGGGAGCUAUAUUGGCAGCCAAAACCUAAAUAGGUCACAUCAAGAUAGGCAAGCAAAUAAACCGAUAGACAGGGAGCAAGCAAGGUGCUUCCCCAAUGGUUUCUCCUCUUCUGAAAGCCUCCCUUGCCAGUAUCCCAUGUCUUCAAACAUCUGCAGAGACAGAGGACUAUAUUCCCCUUCUUCAGACUGCGAUGCAGUGUACAGCCGCCUGGACAAUGACUGCAUUACGCCUCCGCCAGAUUCUUCAGCUACUCAAACCCCCCAACCACACUGCCAAAGUCCAAAACAAUCAUACACCUCAAAGCAGUCAUGGAACCAAAAGGUUUCUCUCAGCAAUACAAGGCACCAGUCAAAGCCUGAAUCCACAGUUUCACUGCACUCAAAUGUAGGCCCCUUAUCAACAAAACCCAAGCCUGGUACCACAGACUCUUUAGCCCCCAGCCCAUGUAAAUCUAAGUCCCUGGGAGACCUGACUUCUGAAGACAUAUCAUGCAACUUCCAGAGCAAAUACCACAUUAUUAGUCGCAGUUUCAUCACUCCCCAUAUGAGAAAGCAAAAGAGGAUGGGCGCCAUGGGGCAAGUUACUUUCCAAUCACAGUCAUGUGAUCCACUUACAGAACAGCUACGAAAGCUGGUCAGUCUAGAAGCGGAUGACAGUGACAGAGACAGGCCUCAGCCUCCUCAGUUGUGUCAGGAACCAAAAUCACAGUCACAGCUGCAGGCAACAAGUAUAGCUCCUGCUGUUCCCAGGGAUGUAGAUGAUUCCCCUCCACUCCUGACUCGCCGCCUCUCCUCUCGGAGCCAAAGCCGAGUUCGUCACAUCAACAAUCGUGCCCGCGAAAGACAGCAAGAGGCUCUUAAGCCUCGGGCAGGUGUGGUGAUCAAUAGUACAGCUAGCAUUGGUGGAGUAGUAUUGAGGAAUAAACCAGCCUCACAGAAUCCACCAGCUAACAGACACUCUACUGGUUCUUACAUAGCAGGCUACCUUGGUCAGUUGGAAGACAGAGGACUUCCCGAAGGAGCUUGUACAUCCUUACAUUAUGGAAAUGGGGAUCACUUUGGAGAUCGAUACUAUACUGAUGACUCUCUUCCACCUGCUGACUGUAAUCACUCUGCGUCAGAGCCUGAGGUCUACUUUCUGCUCAGACUGUAGCUCUGACAGUAGCCUAAAGUGAAACUGACUAUCAAGCAGUGACUCUUGAUGAUGUUUAGUUAAACCAAAAGCCAGAAGAUCAAGGAAAUAAAUACUUGCCAUUGUUUGUUUACAUGUUCCCUUAUAACAGUUAAGUAAAUCUUAUCUGGGCUAUUUCUUGAGAAAGAUACAGUCUGUACAAUGUAAUCCAUGGUUGGAUCUGAAAGCAUGAAUUUCCUGUAUGAAAUGUCCACUAUUCAAUAGUGAAUGGUCUUUCUAGUCUGGCAUUGUAAUGUCUAUAUUCUGCUUAAUGUGUACCUGUUUUUGGGAACUUUGAUUCCCUCAAAAUGGCUUCCUAGACUGAUUGUACAGAUACAUGUUAUCUCUGUCCCUGUGAUGUACUGUCCAAACUUCGUACAUUAACUAUGAAGCAAAAAAAGAAGAAUUGGGUUUUAAGCGGAGAGGGAAUGUCUUUCUUUGUAUCAUUUGAAUGUGUAGUAUAAUCAGAUACUUUUAAUAGAUGGGAUUCAUCUCUUCAAAGAUCAAAUGUAAGUCUUCCUUCUCUUUUAUCAAUGGUAUCUCUUUAUUUGUGUUGUGUGUAAAUAUUUCUGUCAUUGUUUUUAAUCUGAGAUGGUUUUUAGUUGAGAACCAACUCUAACUGUACAUUUAUGUUUGUGCACGUUACCUGUGAACAUGUCAGGCAUGACUAUGCACCAAUUUAUACAGUAGAUGUUGCAUCGCCCAACAACAAUUGCACAGAACAUAAAGUUGCAUUGGAUACAAUGGAAGAUAUAAGCUUGUUUGUAUUAGGUGCAAUACAGUACGUAAAUUUCCAUGUUUCAACCCGUUGCUCUCUUUGAUUUGUAGAAUUUGAAGAUAUGAUUGCAAAUUUUCAAUAAUUGGGUUUAAAGGUUUUUAUUUUUAUAAUUGCUUUGAUACAGUCUGCAAAAAAAUCUGUUGUUGGUUAUGGUUAUUUUAUUUUGUAUAACAUAAUAGAAUGAAAACAACAGAGUGAUAACUACACAGGGCCCAGCUGAGGAAGGGAGGGUGGCAAAGCAGCAGUUUUUUUCUAUUGUUUCAGUGUUACACCAUCCUUUUAUUUUUCUUUGUAUUGUUGCUCUUUUAAGGACUAUGAGCAUUUUCCUACCAAUGCAAUAAAAUAUUGAAAUAUUUGAUUUCA